GUGACGUAUUGGAGGAGGUUGUGCUAUUUUGCAUGUCAGUCCGUAGAAAAACGUCUGGGAGCGCCGUGGUGCGCGAUAUUGAAGAGGGACUUGGGAAGUGAAACAGGGUCGGAUGUAGGGUUUUUAAAGCACAAUAUAUACACUUAUUUAUUAUUUCUUUACAAAGGAACGAAAGACCAAAGAUAACUUUUUGAAACCAAAAUGCUUUGCCUUGUUACGAGGCCGGAUUCGGUGGUUAUGGAGGUGGAGGUUGAUACGAAAGCAAACGGAGAAGACUGCUUGAAUAAGGUUUGCAGGAAAUUGGGAAUAAUAGAGGUGGAUUACUUUGGGCUCCAGUUCUCUGGCAGCAAAGGAGAGAGUUUAUGGCUGAAUUUGAGAAACAGGAUCUCCCAGCAGGUGGAUAGCCCAGCACCCUGCAGACUGAAGCUGCGAGUGAAGUUCUUUGUUGAGCCACAUCUCAUACAACAAGAGCAGACUAGGAAUCUUUUCUUCAUGCAUGUAAAAGAGGACCUUCACAGUGGUCGUCUGCAGAGUUUGCCUGAACAGGCGGAAGAGCUGUGUGCGCAAGUGGCUCAGGCAGAAUUUGGAGACUACAACCAGAACACUGCCAAGUACAUCUAUAAAGAAAUUUGUGGGAAGGACCCCAGCCCAAGGGUGCAAAACAGCAUCAUUGCAAAGCACAAAGCGCUGCAAGGAAUGAGUCAGUCAUCGGUGGAGUACCAGGUCCUGCAGAGUGUAUCCACUCUGGAGAACUAUGGUGUGGAGUGGCACUGGGCGAGGGACGGGGAAGGGCAGAAGCAGGUGAUUGGAGUGGGACCAGACGGAAUAUCGGUCUGCAACGAGGAUUUCAGUCUUAUUAACAGAAUCACUUACCCAGUAAUUCAAAUAGCUACCCAAUCUGGAAAGAACGUCUACCUGACAGUAACCAAGGAAACUAUCAACAGCGAAGAACUUGUCUUCAAGCUCAUCAGCAACCGAGCGGCGAGCGGACUUUACAGAGCAAUAACUGAAACCCACGCUUUCUACAGGUGCGACACAGUAACGAACGCUGUCAUGAUGCAAUAUAGCCGGGACUUUAAGGGACACCUGGCGUCUUUAUUCCUUAACGAGAACAUUAACCUGGGCAAGAAAUACGUCUUUGACAUCAAGCGCACGUCCAAAGAAGUGUACGACCAUACACGGCGGGCCUUGUACAAUGCUGGCAUUGUGGACUUUGUAUCUCGGAGAGACGGCAGCUCCCAGAACUCUCCGCUCAAGUCCUCCGAGAGCGAUCUGAACUGCGCAAGCUGUGAGGGCCUGAGCUGUCAGCAGAGCAAAGCCUUGCAGGAGAAGCUGCAGAAGCUGAAGGAGGCCAUGCUCUGCAUGGUGUGUUGUGAGGAGGAGAUCAACUCUGCCUUCUGUCCCUGUGGACACAUGGUCUGCUGCGAAUCAUGUGCUGCCCAGUUACAGUCCUGUCCUGUGUGUCGAUCAGACGUGGAACAUGUGCAGCACGUCUAUUUGCCUACCUGCACCAGCCUUCUAAACCUGACUAUGAUCUGAUGGGUCAGCUGAGUCAGCAACACUUCAGCAUGAAGCGACAUGGCCUCUUAAAUCAAACUGCACUACAAAGACUAUACGAAAGCGAUUGAAAUAUUAUGUUAGACAUAAGACAAAGCAAUCAUUCCUGUGUUUUCUUCAGGCAAAAGCAAGAUGUUCAUAGUGAGCAUUGCACCACAUACCUGUCGCCUUGGGCAGGAAGUUUGUGAACAGUUAAUAGCUGUUACGAGAACUUUUGAAAGCCAAUUACAUAUUCUUUUUUUGUAUUAUUCAUUCAGAAAUGUGGUAUCAGUUGAUCUGAUCAGAAUAGUGAUGUAAUCUCUUUUGCAUUUUUGUUCUUUAUUUUCUAAUCCUGCAUUUUAUUAUACAUUUUUUGGCUUUUGGAGCAUUGCCUAAAACGAAUUGUAUGAGAGGAGGAAACUGCGUAUUUUAUUCUGUAUUAGAAACUCCAUACAUAAGCGUGUAUUUUAUUAGUAUUGUUUUUUUUAGAAUGUUUAAGAACUUUCUUUUUAAAUUUUAUCUUUCUUGUUUUAUAUGCAGAAAACUCCAUAUCCUAUACGGCAACACUUACAUUUUAUAUUAGUGUGGCUUUUGACUGUUUAAUUCUGUAUAUCAGUUUUCAUACCAAUGUUAAUGCCAAAGCGGGAAAGACCAAGGACAAACCUGGUACAAAAUUGUUUAAUACAUAAUUCUUUUCCCCACCGCUACACCAUUCACUCCUAUAGACUUUAAAAAGAACAAAAAACACUUCUGGUUCCCUUUUGAAUUGAUACCCAAGUUUUAAUUAAAUAUUCUGUGAUUUUAAAUGUGACUUGAAUUGAAUACAUGUGAAAAUUGUACAAGAAAAAAGAAAAUUGAUCAAGCAACCUAUUCUUUUAACAGGAGGUUGGGAUUUUCAUUGAGAAGGUGUACUUAGCCAUUCUAGUUCCCUGUAUCAAUAUUGGGGGUUUAUCCAAUCGUUGGUAAUAUUUUUUUUAGUAAUUUAGUUUCAAUCUGCCAGUCCUUGGUUUUCUCUCUUCUCUGGUAUUUGGUCACUAGUAGUUUCUUUGAUUGAAUAGAGGGUGCUAGUAGACCUGUGAGUGCAAUACUAGCUGCUCAAAGGCUAGAGGGUAAGG